AUGGUUGCACAUUCCUCUGACGGGUUAACCGCCACGACAACACCACAAGUCAACGGCGGCACUUCUCCGAAAAUCGCGCAAAAACAAAACGGCGACGCAAUUCCCCCAACCACCGCCAAAAAUCUCCCAAAACUCCCGACAGUCGACGAAUUUCGUCGCGCCAUUCCAGCCCACUGUUUUGAGCGUAGUUUGGUCACCUCUACACGAUAUUUGAUUCAAGAUUUCGCCGCGUUGGGAGUACUGUACUAUUUGCUACCGUAUUUCGAGAAUUUCGGCGGGCUUUUUGGAUAUUUUGUCUGGAAUUGUUUGAUGGGAGUUUUCGGAUUCGCUCUUUUUGUUGUUGGACACGAUUGUUUGCAUGGAUCAUUUUCGGAUAAUCAAACUAUUAAUGAUAUUAUUGGACAUAUUGCAUUUUCGCCUAUUUUCUCGCCAUAUUUCCCAUGGCAAAAAAGUCAUAAAUUGCAUCAUUCGGUAAGAUUUUUUGAUACCACUUAACCCAUUUUUAAAUUUUUGGCCAGAAAAAAAAAUUAUCAAUGAAGCGAAUUUGCUGAUUUCAAGCUAACGUUCAGGAUUAUCAAGUGCGCUCCAUUGAGAAUCGUAAUUUAUUGAUAAAAAUUCAAAGUUUUGGCCAGAAAACCAUAUUCUCAAUAGGGCGAAGAUUUUCAAGUGCGCUCCUUUGAGAAUCAUAAACUUCGAGUAAAAAUUCAAAAUUUGAAUCUUUAUCUUUAAAAAUAUGAUUAUCAAUAGAGCGCAUUUAGUUAAUUAAUUCUAAAUUGUUAGAUUAUCAAGUGCGCUCCAUAGAGAAUCGUAAAAUUUCAAUGACAAUCCAAAAUGUUUGCUCAACAAUACAGUUAUCAAUAGAGCGAAUUUGCUGAUUUCAAGCUAAACUUCCGGUUUAUCAAGUGCGCUCUAUUGAGAAUCGUGAAUUUUUUAAUUUUCAGUUAGAAAAUACAAAAUUAUCAAUAGAGCACACUUGCUAAAUUUGAACGUAAAUUCAAAUUUCCAGUUGAAAAAUAUAGUUACCACUGGGGCGCGCUUGCUGAAUUCAAGCUAAAUUUCCGGUCUUCCAAGUGCGCUCUAUUGAGAAUCGUAUAUUUUGACUGAAAAUUCAAAAAAUUAGUUUUGAUGUACAAUUGAAUAAUCAAGUGCGCUCAAUUGAGAAUUCUGAAUUUUGAACGUAAAUUCAAAAUGGAUUUUUUCCCCAACCCAAUAUUUUGCAUUUUUUCCAGUUCACAAACCACAUCGACAAAGAUCACGGUCAUGUUUGGGUUCAAGACAAAGACUAUGUCACCUGGCCAUGGUGGAAAAAAGCGUUCAACCCAAUUCCAUUCUCCGGCUGGCUUAAAUGGUUCCCUGUCUACACAGUCUUUGGCUAUUGCGACGGCUCUCACUUCUAUCCAUUCUCCAGCCUCUUCGUCCGCAACUCCGAACGUAUUCAAUGUGUUGUCAGCGGUUUAUCGUGCGCUUUCUGCGCCUAUUUGGCCCUUCAAAUUGCCGGAUCCUAUUCCAAUUGGUUCUAUUACUAUUGGGUGCCUUUAUCGUUCUUCGGUCUCAUGUUGGUUAUCGUAACUUAUUUGCAACAUACUGAUGAUGUGGCUGAAGUUUAUGAGGCGGAUGAGUGGAGUUUUGUGAGAGGACAAACACAGACUAUUGAUCGAUAUUAUGGAUUUGGAUUGGAUUCUACUAUGCAUCAUAUUACUGAUGGUAAGGCGGAAAAUUCGGUUUUCCAUCCCCACUUCGUCAGUCGCGUGCGGCUCGGCGUCGCGGUCUGGGGAAAAAUCAAUUAUUGAUUGUUUUUCGACCGCGACGCACAGCCGCACGCGACUGACGAAGUAUUGUUUUUCGUUCGAAGAUUAUGAGCACUUUUAAAAUGUUCAAAUAUUGAUGAAUGAAACUCAAACUUCACAACAAAAUUGAAGUUGAACAUGAAUUUCAGAAAAAAGGAAACACUGAAAAAAGAUACAUGUGGCUGAAUUAUUUUGGUGGCCGAGAAAUAUCGGGAAUUCGGCCACCUAUUUGUCUCAUUUUUACUGAAAUUCAUGUCUAACUUCAAUUUUUUUUGUGAAGAAGUGCAUUUUGAGUUUCAUUCAUCAACAUCUGAACAUUUUAAAAGUGCUCAUAAUCUCCGAACGAAAAAACAUUACUUCGUCAGUCGCGUGUGGCUGUGCGUCGCGGUCGAAAAACAAUCAAUAAUUAAUUUUUCCCCUGACCGCGACGCAGAGCCGCACGCGACUGACGAAGUAGUGUUUUUGUCGCGAAUGCGGCCCGGGAUCUGAACAUGCGACCUGACGGCCAGACGGAUGGUCGCGACCUUGCGGUCGCACUUUCAGAUCCCGGGCCGCAUUCGCGGAAAAUUCCCUGGCCUAGAAUUCCAAAAAUCCCCCCUCAAUUCUUCUAGGCCACGUCGCCCAUCACUUAUUCACCCGAAUUCCACACUAUCACCUAAUCGAAGCCACCGACGGCGUGAAAAAAGUGCUCGAACCAUACGCCGGCGGACAAUACGGCUAUAAAUAUCAAAUCAACUACGACUUCUUCAUCCGAUUCUUGUGGUACAACAUCAAAUUGGACUAUUUGGUGCACAAAACCAAAGGAAUUAUGCAAUAUCGAACCACUUUGGAGGCGGCACAAAAACAACAAUAA